AUGAAAGUGGUGGUCUUCUUAGUUGCGGUAGCUGCAACUAGAGCUUUGCCCCUCUCAAAAGUGCACGUGAAAUUUAUAUCCCCUCCGCAUAUUUAUGAGCACGGUAUUACGACAGACGGGGAUCGAACGAUAGAUCAAAGAUCGUACGUCUCUAUCGGGAGAAGAAGCACCACGGGAAAUCCUAGGGAAUUCGGACAACGCUUACGCAACAAAGGGAACGUUGCGCCAGUUCAUAUCAAACCGGAAAAUGCUGAAUCUCUGUGGCCAGUAGGCGUUUUUAUUCCCCCGGUGGAUAUCAAUGAUCUUGGUUACAGUUCGCAGGAAUCGAGGCACCUGACACCUGAUUUUUCCAAUGGGCUUGAAUAUCACGACCCGUAUCUAUUGACCGGAGAAGAAGCAAUGCUGGCUGUAAAAUAUCUUUAUGGUCAAGGCGAACUGUUUUACGACGAUAUUCCACAUGAAAGGGCACUAUUGAAAAAUCAAGAAGAAAGGAGACGAAACGGCCUUCAUGAUCACAUAUUGAGAAGUUUAAGGCCUAACUCUCCAUUCUCUACGAAUGCUUGA